CCUCCUUGUCUUGUCAAGAUAAGGUUUCUAAUGAAAAACCUAAGAAAGAUGGAUCCAAGGCCAACAACCAGCUUAAGAGUCAAAUUAAGGGUUUGGCAAAUCUUGGGAACACAUGUUUCUUUAAUUCUGUUAUGCAGAAUUUAUGCCAGACAGAGCUGCUUUAUGUAGCAGCUUCAUGUGCUUUGCAAGAAGGGUUCUCCUAUCAUGUUACCCCAAACAAGAAACAUUUGCCAAAACUAACAUUGAAAGUUGAAGAAGCACCAGGAGAAGUGACUAAAGCUCUAUGGAAAUUACUUCAAGAUUUCAGAACCUCAACUGAUCGAACCUUAACACCACGUCAGUUGUUUGCUGAGAUUUGCAAGAAAGCCACGCGGUUUAAGGGAUAUCGACAGCAAGACAGUCAAGAGCUGCUACGUUACCUUUUGGAUUCAGUAAGAAAUGAAGAACUCAGGCGAGUCAAACUUGCUGUGUUGCACUCAUUCGGUGUUAAAGGUGAUAGUGAUGCGAAGACCUUGGACGACAGCAAACGUGUACAAGUCAAAGAGUACGGAGCGAGCGUUGCAGCACCGCUCAUAGAUAGUGUGUUUGCUGGUAGGCUCGUUAGCAUCGUCACGUGUCACCAAUGUCAUCAGGAAUUCAAAGUGGAGGAGACAUUCCUGGAUUUGUCUUUACCGUUGGCGUCGCCGCCGCAGGAAUCCUUCAGCAACAAGUUCUUUGGAAAAGGUGGUAAACAAAAUCCAAAAUCAUCAAAUACUCCUAAGAAUGUCUCGAAAAAUGAGAAGGAAGAUGAAAAACCGAAGGAAACUAAGAGUCUCAGUAAACAUCAGCUAAAAUCAGCCAAAAAAGCCGAAAGGAAAAAGAAAAAGGGAGGAAAAGGCCACGGAAAGAAAGGAAAAGCGUCGCAGCAGGUCGACGACAAUAAACAAGAUGAUGAUGAUGAAUUAGACAGGAGGGCGUCAGAGGAGGAAGGCCAUGAACUUGACCAGAUGAAUGUGUCUGACCUGGAAGGAAGUGAUAAUGAUCAUGAGAUUAAAGUGAAUGAAACAGAGGUGCUUGGGAAUUCUAACAGUGGUUGUGAAAUGAUUCCGGACAAUGAUAUCCAAUUGAGAGAUAAUGAUAGCAGUUCGAAGUCCGCUGAAGUCAGUGAAAAGGACGUGGACACUUGUAUUUUAGAUUCUAACGACGACGAAUAUUUGGCAGAAAACACAGUUGAUUGUGCUGAUUCAGAGCAAGCUGAGGGCGUGAAAGACUCGGAGGAACAGCGCGCGAUGCAAACUGAACAAAGUACAGAACAUUUGAAUGGCGGAACGAGUGGAAAUGGUUCCACUAAUGACAAUGAAGAAAACAAAAGUUCGUCAAUGGAAAUUUUGAACUGUAACCAGGUAACUGCGUCGAAACAGCCAAGUUGCGAUUCUUUGCGAUGCAGCCAAGAAAAAGGGACUGAGAAAGUUGACCAUUAUCAACAGGGAUAUGAAGAAAUCCCAUCGAGUAUAAAAGAAUUUUUAAAAGAAAUUAUAAAUUUGGCUGUGAACUUGAAUAUAGGUAAACCAAGCGAACUUCAAGACGAUAUUGUCAAUAGUAGUCCAUCGGGGAGUUUUUCGCCUUCUUGUGUAUCUAGUGGUGAGAAACAGGGUAAAGAAACGGCUCAUGAUUUACAAGAGAAACUAGAUGGAGACGAAGUAGAUAGAAAAUCAACUAAAAUUGUUCUUAGUCUUGGCGUAGAACAUGAUUGCGCCCAAACGGAGCAAGAAACAAACAUUACAGAGAACCAAAGACUUUGUUCGAAUUCUGGAAAGGACGAUGAAAACGAAGGGGCAACGGAGAUAUCUGCAAAAAGCGAAGAAGAAAGUGAAACUGAGUCUGAAGAAGAAUUUGAAAAUGAUAACGGGAUAGAUAGGAUUCUUACUGUUCAACCCGCGUAUCGACCCUCCCCGGGCGAAUGCUCUGUUUUGUCGUGUUUAAGCCAGUUUUGCGUCUCAGAAUUAUUAGAUGGCAAUAAUAAAUUUGCCUGUGAGGUAUGUACCAAGCGAGCGCAGCGGAACAAUAAGGAGGAGGGAUCUAGAAAAACGAAAGACAAUGACAAAGAUGAUGUCAGUGGGGACUCUUCGUCAGAAGACGAACCAAAAGGUGCUAAAGCACAGAAGUCUUCGAAGAACAAGAACAAGGACUCCCAACAGCAGACCGUGUAUACCGUGGCUAGUAAACAGAUGCUGAUUUCUCUUGCUCCACCAGUCCUCACUCUUCACCUCAAGCGUUUCCAGCAAGCUCGCUUUACUUUGCAAAAACUAACCAAACACGUGGACUUUCCACUGGAGCUGAACCUGGCGCCGUUUUGCAGCAGAAGUGGAAGGAGUCGAGCAGACUCAGAAGGCAAAGUGCUGUACUCGCUGUAUGGAAUAAUUCAGCACAGUGGUAAUAUGAACAGCGGACAUUACACAGCCUACGUGAAAGUCAGCGAACCACCAUUGAAAAGUCUGUACGACAAAAUUACCUCAAUGAGUGAGUUAACGGAUUUUAUAGAGAAAAUGUGGACUCAAAAGUCCGAAGCUCAACAUGGUAGUUCCCGUACUCAUCAUGAGCCUGCGCCGAGUGGUCAGUGGUUUCAUGUCAGUGAUUCAAGCGUAAGUGCCGCAGCGGAGAGUAAGGUGCUCAAGAGUCAAGCGUACAUGUUGUUCUAUGGCCGCCUUCCUCUUGUCAGUGGAUGACCAAUUCAAUUUUUCUAGACUUAGCAGGGGUUUAAAUUAAGUGUUAAAAUGAUUCCUUUUUUUGUGUGUUUUCAAUCAAGCCCCUUCUUGACCUGUGGAUACAAUCUUGACUUGGUAGCUCGCGAUUACCUCGCGAAAUUUCCAUCACCUUGAUCGGUUGUCGUAAGCAUUUGGUUUUAAAAAUCUCAGUAGAAAAGGUUUAUCCAGAAAAAUCUCACGCCUCGACUGUGAACUGAGCUUACUUUCGGGUAAAUGCAUUGCGCGGCAACGUUUAAGGAAUUCUCAGAUCUGAUCUUUUUGGUUGAACAUGUAUUGUUCACUCGUUGGCAUUAGCCUCGGGUUGUUUGCUCAGUUUUGUUCAAGUUUACGACACUUGAUCAAGAUCUCACAAAGCUUCCGAAAUGCUUAACACCAUUUCUAACACUGAUCUCAGAGGUUUUGAUCAAAAGCCGGUUUCCAGCGGUCUUCCGUCGCCUCUGGGACCACUUACCGCCUUCUGUUCAGCGUACGAGCAGGCUCCCGUGAUUGGGUUCCGUCUCACGGCCCCUUCUCUAGAUACAGCCGCCAAUUACGCCAUCGGCAGCUGCUUACGGAGAAAAGUUAUUGAAACCCCUGUGAUCUGUGAAAAUUUAUUGAUAUAUAUAUAGUGACUGAAUGAAUGACCUUAUACUCCAAAUUUGGUAGAAAAAUUAAUGGCUCUUGGAACCUAAAUAUGAAAAAGGUAUGAGAUUUAGUAAUUCACGUUAUUCUUAAGAAUUGAAAUUGAUCGGUACUCUGUAGCUAGCAUCAGUUAUAAAGAAGUAAGUAAGUCAAAAAAUUUAUUUCUUAUUAAAAAAAGCCGACUUUCCCUCCAGCUUUUCCCGUAAUCCAAGCUCGUGGUUUGGAUAGGGGUUGAAGGCAAUUUGUAGGGAAAAAAAGAUCGAGACAAACGCCAAAAAAAUGCAGUGCAAACUAUACCAGACAUUUGUUUGCGGAUGAGCAGAUGGUAAAUAAAACAAGUUAUGAUACUCUU